AUGUCGGGCGCAGUCGCGACAGCUCGGCCCACGCAGGCUCUCCGCGUGCGUCGAGAGUCCCAGCGGCCUGGUGUUGCGCGCGUUGUCACCAAGACCAACAACAUGGAGGACCACGGCGCGCAGCCCGAGCCCAAGCUCUACGUCUACAAACAGGAGGACAUUCUCGCCCGGCAUCGCGGCAAGCUGCCCUCGAUGCGCAUCUACCUCUACCCAAGCCACUUCCGCAUCAACGACUCGCAGGAGACGCUGGCCUACGCCUCCCCCAUGCGCGAGAUCCUCACCGCGCUGCGUGACAAGAAGCUCCCGCACAACAUGCUCGAGGAGCUCUACGCCAACGGCACGCCCUUCUACGACGGCUGUCUGAUCGUUGAAGUCCACAACUACCGCAACAAUACGGCCAAGCCCAAGGACAGUGCCAACGGCGCAGCUGAAGACAGCAAGACGGCCUUCUCCAUCCACAACAACAACAACUUCAUCACCCCGUCUCCCUACGGCACCCACCCAAACGCCAAGCCUGACCCCAAAGCGACUGGAGCCGCAGCCCAGGCCAAAGAGGCCGCCAAUAAGGACGACAAGGAGAACAUGCCCGCCCCUGGGCCAAAUGGCACACCGCAGAAGCAGCCAGCGAGCGGGCCCAGCAUUACGACCGUCGUCUUGUUUCCUUCCACACAGGCCCAAUUAUCUGACAUGUCAAUUCUUGCUACCACGCCAGCUACCGACGUCGCUGCCCUGAAGAGGAUGCAGGCGGCUGGACGGGGCGCGGGCAUGCCUCCCACCCCUUUGACUGCCGUGCCACCUACCCCAACCUUCUCCGCUGGACCCAGCCCGAAGCGUCAGAAGAUGAUGAUCGACGACAGCAAUGUGCACGAGUUUGAGGCCGAGCUGCUCAACGCGACGUGUCCCAAGCUGUACCUGAACCCUACCAAGAGUUUUGCCGAGUCCGUCGCUCUGAUAGAUGCCACGACUCACCCCAACAACAAGAAUCCCCCGCCGGAACGCAAGACUCGCAAGAGGACGACCGCGGAGCUUGCGGCUGACGAGGCCGAUGCACAGAACCUUCAGAGCUUCAUGCUGGCUGGCGACGAGCAACAAGCGACGAGCAACACUACCACUACCGGCGGCGACGAGGGUGCUGUGCGCGCUGCAGCCAACACCAUGUCCUUUGCCCGGUUCAAGACGCUCGCCAGCAUCAAGGCCAACCACGAGGAGGCGGAUCGCCGCAAAAAGGAAGAAGACGCUCGCCAAGCGCAGGCCAAGAGGCAAGCACAGAUGGAAUCUGAGGCACAGAAGCGGAGGGAAAUGGAGGCAAACCGCCAACAGGCCGAGAUUCAAGAGCAACGACAGCAACUGCUGGCACGCCAACAAGCGCAGCAACAACAGAUGCUACAGCAAAACCAAAUGCAGCAAAAUGAAGCCCUUCGAGCUGCUCAAGCAGCGCAAAUGUCCAGCGCAGCCGCAGCUCAGAUUUCGCAGACGCCCCAAUCCGCCACUCAAAACCAAUUCUCUCCCAGUGUACGUCAAAACACACCCAUGGCUGCUGCAGCUGCCUCUCCACACGUCGGCGGCCAAGCGACCCACCCAAUGGGUGGCACCCCUAUGGUCGCAACAGCUUCGAACCAUGCCAUUGCUAGCCCUGCUCGACCUCCUUCCUCUAUCUCACAUCACCCAAUGGCACGUACUGCUAGUCAGCAGCAGGGGUCUAUGAGCCGCACAAACACACCUCAAAUGAUGCAAGGCACGCCCGUCAUGAACUCUGCUAUGCCUAACCGCAACAUGACGCCUACGCCACGCAUGAACCAAGGCAGUCCCUCGCUGCAGGUGCAAGGCGCAACACCAAUCAUGAUGCAGACACCGCAGUCGCAGAACAUGACCCCUGAGCAAAUGCAGGCUCUGCAAGCUCAACAGAACCAGCAGCGAAUGCAGCAGAUCCGAUUGCAGCAGAUGCAGAAUCAGCAAAUGAGUGGCAUGUCUCCUGGCGGUCAGAACCUGCAGCAGAUGGCCAUGCAAAAAGCGCAGAUGCACGUCCAGGCCCAAGGUAUACCCAACGGCCAGAACCCGCAGCUGUACCAACAGCGACUUGCGCAGGGCUAUUUCCAGCAGCUCAAGCAAGCUCAAGCAGCACAGGUCCAACAGCAAAACUCACAACAUGCCAUGACCCAGAUGUCUCCUCAGGGUUCCCAAAAUGGCAUGCCUGCUCAACAAGCUCCAAACAACAUGGCUAACAUGAGUGUGGCACAGCUGAGACAACACUAUCAACAGCGCAAGCAGCACUUGCUAACGACAUUCGGCAAUCAGGUUCCGCAACAACACGUUCAGCAGAUGCACCAGCUCGAGCAACUCAUCCGCAGCAAGGAACAAGCCCAAGUUCAGGCACAGCAACAGAUGGGCCAGAACCAAAUGCCCAUAAACCAGGGCAUGCAGGGCCAGAUGCCAGCCAAUCAAAAUCCCAUGCAGAUGCAGCAGUAUCAGCAAGCUCUGCUCCAGCAGCGCGCCCAGCAGCAGCGCAACGAUCAGCUCAUGCGCAUGCGUCAGCAGGCUAUGCAGCAAGGCGGUCAGAUACCCCAGGGCAUGAUGAACAAUAUGCAAGGCAUGAACAUGGGCAACAUGGGCCAGAUGAACAUGGGCAACAUGCAGGGCAUGAACAUGCAGAACAUGCAGGCUAUGCAAGGCAUGCAGGGCAUGAAUAUGGGCCAAAUGACCCAGCAGCAGAUGCAGCAGAUGAUGAUGAUGCGCCAGGCGCAGCAACAGCAGCAGCAGCGUAUGCAGCAACAGGGCGGCGGUGAUAUGAGUUGGAGCGGUGUGUAG